AUGGGCAGGGAAAACCAGACCUGGAUGAGUGAGUUCAUUCUGCUGGGGCUGUCCAGAUGCUGGAACACUCAGGUCUCCCUCUUUGUCCUUUUCCUGGUCAUGUAUCUCGUGACUGUGCUGGGGAACUUCCUCAUCAUCCUCCUUACCAGACUGGACAGCAGGCUACACACACCUAUGUACUUUUUCCUCAGUGUCCUGUCAUUUGUGGACAUCUGUUAUACCAACAGCACCGUCCCACAGAUGCUUGUUCACUUCCUGUCAGCCCGGAAGUCCAUCCCAUUCCACAGCUGUGUGCUCCAGCUGUUUAUCUCCCUGGCCAUGGGCAGCUCCGAGUUUUUCCUGCUGGGAGCCAUGGCCUAUGACCGCUAUGUGGCGGUGUGCCACCCGCUGCACUACACAGCCAUCAUGCAUGGGGGGCUUUGCCUGGCGCUGGCUACUGGCUGCUUGGGGGCUGGCUUCAUGAAUUCACUGAUGCAGGCAGUGAUCAUCUUCCAGCUACCUUUGUGCCAUAAUGUCAUUAAUCACUUUGCCUGUGAGAUGUUGGCUGUGCUGAGGCUGACCUGUGUGGACAUCUCCUUCAACAAGGUCAUGGUGGCCAUCUCAGGAUUUUUGGUGAUCAUGCUUCCCUGUUUUCUGGUUCUGUUCUCCUAUGCUCGUAUAGUUGCUGCUAUUCUGCAUAUCCGCUCCGCCCAAGGACGCUGCAAAGCAUUUGAGACCUGUGCUUCCCACCUCACUGUGGUUUCCAUGUGCUUUGGAACAGCCAUCUUCACAUACUUGAGACCCUCUGCUGGCUCCUCAGCAGAGCAAGAGAAGAUGGUCGCUCUAUUCUACGCUGUGGUGACCCCGAUGCUAAAUCCCUUAAUCUACAGCUUGAGGAACAAGGAGGUAAUGAGCGCCCUAAGAAGACUGUUGGGAAAAUUAAGUGAAAAAAGGUGA